AUGACUUGGGAACUCACCAAGCGUCGCAUUGAGCGCACCGUCAACCAGAAGUUCAUCUUUGGCAGAAUUCCUCUCCUUCACACCAUUAUACUUUUCAUCGAAAUGGCUCUCGUCGCUCGCCUGACGGCCAGGUACAAUGCCUACUACGAUGAACGGCCCGUGAUGACUAUGAUGGUCACGAACGCCAUUCUCGGUGGCAUUGCAGACACGGUCGCUCAAACCAUCACAUCCUACACCUUACGCGCCAACCAAAAGUUGGAUGGCAUCUCGAAGCGCGACGACAUCUCAAUCGAAAUUUCCGAUCUCGACCGCAAAGCCUCCUACUACGAGAAAGAAUUCCUCCCUGGCCAGCAACCCCCCCCGCCAUUCGACUUUGAGCGUCUGACGCGUUUCAUGGCGUACGGUUUUUGCAUGGCCCCGGUCCAGUUCAAAUGGUUCCAGUUCCUGGGCCGCGUCUUCCCGAUCAGCAAGACCAGUGCUUUCGGGCCAGCGAUGAAGCGCGUCGCAUUCGACCAGCUCAUCUUCGCCCCGGCCGGUCUGCUGGUGUUCUUCACCACAAUGACGGUCGCCGAGGGAGGUGGCCGUCGCGCGAUCAGCCAGAAGUUGCGCGACAUGUACAUCCCCACUCUCAAGGCCAACUACAUUGUGUGGCCGGCUGUGCAGAUUGUCAACUUUCGUUUGAUGCCUGUGCAGUUCCAACUGCCAUUCGUCUCGACCGUUGGUAUUGCCUGGACUGCCUACCUUUCGCUGUCGAAUAGCUCGGACUAA